AAGGUCCCGCUCAGACCUGGGCUUUGCGGUUUCUCCUUCAGCGCCGCCCUCCGCGGCCGCUGGUGGGCGGCCAGCGCGGCCGCCGGCUUCACCCGAGCGCCGGGACGGCUGGAGGCAGAAACGCGCUGUUGGACCGCUCGCCCCUAGUAGUUGGCUAACGUGAAAGUAUUUGCGUUGCUCAACCAUUGAAAUGACGAGUUUUAUUCCUCUCCCCUGUCCUCAUCUUCCGCCAGCAGUAAACAGCAGCUGCUGCUGUCAGCGUUGAGCUGGGUCUAGGCAGCUUCUGGGCAAGUAGCUGCGGUGUGAAGAUCUGAGUUUACAGCGUAGGUGACUUCGGAUGAGAGCUGUGAGGAGUCAACGCGGAAAGCCUAGUAAAUCGCUGUUUGGGAGAUGACGCACUGUAGCGAGAAGGCGGAGAAAUCAUCAUCCGAAAAGGAGAGAAGACAGACAGGAUUUGGCAGGUGCGUGUGUGUCCAGGAGAGAAGAAAACUUUGAAUAUUGAACUGUUGGAUCUCCCUCCAAUAACUUCACUGGAAAUUCAGGCAGGUUCAGCUGAGGAGAGAUCUGCCCUCUCUUACAUCUUCUCCGUCUCCUGAGAGACUGCACACCUGGCUGACCUCUACAACAACAGUAAACAAAAGGGGUUUUGCUGAGUUUGUGCUUUAUGAUUCCCUGACUUCACUUGGAGACAGACAAAAGGACUGCAUGGAAUAAAUAGCCUACCUUUGCUACUCAUAGUGAUGGAAAGCAGACAACCAUCUCGUUUACUGGAACAAUGGGAGGAGCUGAAAACUUUCUCUCUUACCCUGGCUCCUAUUUUGUCUAGUAGAUAGCACAAGUAAUUAUGCCACGUGGCAUGCCUGCUAAUGUGCUCCUAAGUGCCUGAAGGGACUGUUAUUGCAAAAGCUGGGGCAUGCUGACUGGUACUGGAAAAAGAAGAAAACAAAAGAGUGGCUUCUUCUCACCUUCAGGAAUGUGCUGACUUUUCUCAAGGAAAAGACCCUAAAUUGAGAGGCAGGAGGGAUCCGGACAAGACUAUGUUGGCUGCAAAGACAAAUAUAUAAAACCUUAUCUUCACCAAACCCUUAAACCUUUUGCAACUGAGAUUUAAUUACAGCUCACAGUACUCUUGCCAACCUCGUCACUGUGUAUAGUCUAAGAUUGUGAAUAACUCCAAACAAGAGCUAGGCUGGAGAUUGCGGCUGAUUUCUUCAAAAAAAUAACUGAGUUUCUAAGUCAUCACUGAACAUUUUGGUACCUGGCAACAAAACGGAUGUCACAUUUGAAAUAGUGUUUUGAAAGAUGCUAGCUGCCUAGCCGAGUCAUACUGCAUGCUGACAACAGAUUUGCAAUUUGCAGAAACUGAAACUGAGAUCAAUCUUUAAUGUAAAAAAUAACAUUACCUACAGUGUCAAAGGCGUGAGGAAGUGGAUUGACUUACCCAUCCAUAAAGAGAGGAAGGAAUGGGCUAAAACUUGGAAAAAAAUCUAAGAAUGAGCAGAACUUGAAGACAUACUAGGCAAGAAAAAAAUGACUCAUAUGCAGAAACGAGAUGGACAUUGCCUCCCACCAAACUGUUCACCUGUCACGUCUUCUACUUUGGUAUAUAACCCCUUUCCUUCUUAAUAAAGACAACUGAACGUUGCCUACAUACAAAUCAUGGGGAAAGAAGAGUGAAGCGGUUUUAGCACAAGAAAAGGAAGACUAAGCUAAGACUGCUGAGGGGAAUUCUUGAUCCCUGCAACAGCACAAAGCCAUUUUGGGUGAGCAAGGGAUCAGCCAGUGCCAUCCCCAGGACGUGAGAGAGGCAGGGGAACCCAGCAGCUUCAGGCAAGCCCAAGUCCUGCUCCUGACUGCAAGUCUGCGCUUUGCCAUCCCAUCCCCAAAACAGCCACUUGGGGACCCUGCCCAGGCCUGCCUGUAUCCUGGGAAAGGAGCACACACUUCCCUGCAGCAGCUCCUUCAAGCUUGAGACAGAGAGAGCGAGCAAGGUUUUUUUCAGAUGUCAGGAAUGUCUUCUGAGCCCACUUCAUCUGCUUCUGAGCAGUCUCCCUCUUCUCCACCCUCACCAAGUUCUCUCCGUCUGCCAGAAAGCCGCAGGACAAGAGAUCGCUCCCCAUCUCCCAUGAGAGGCUACCUCAUCCCUAGUCCUCUUCCCACUCGACGGACCAGGACUUUUUCAGCAACUGUGAGAGCUUCUGAGGGUCCCAUCUAUAAAGGAGUCUGUAAAUGCUUCUGUCGCUCCAAAGGCCAUGGCUUCAUUACCCCUGCAGAUGGAGGGCCGGACAUCUUUGUACACAUUUCUGAUAUUGAAGGCGAAUAUGUUCCUGUGGCAGGCGAUGAAGUCACCUACAAGAUGUGCACCAUUCCCCCUAAGAACGAGAAGCUUCAGGCUGUGGAAGUGGUCAUUACCCAUCUAGCUCCUGGAACCAAACACGAGACCUGGUCGGGGCACGUCAUCAGUUCCUAAGGUAUUCGGUAUGGAGCGCUGCCACUGCACACACUACGCGUGUGGGGAACUGGCUCUCAACGAACCUGACCUAUGAAUAUUCUACAUAUUGUGUAGGAACAAAGAAUAGAUUGUCAAUAAGGCAGAAGUAGACCAAAAUUGCUGUUUUUACAGCUGGCUUGAUACUUAAAAAAUAAAACAGUUCAAAUGUUAAUGGAAAAAAAUCUAUCUAUCUAUAUAUAUAUAUAUUAAUGUGUUUACAAAACUUAUUUUAAAGAGACCUAGUUUGUGUGCUUUUGGAGGGGGAGGGAGAGGGUUGGGGUGUUUUUGUUAGUUUUUUUUGUUUGUUUGUUUUUUCUUUUAGUCUUGUGAACUGGUUCCAGUAAAUGCCCGAGCGAAUUAGGGAGAGAUUUGAAUGAAAGCUUUUCUAGAGCCAUGGCAGUGGUGACAUGGCUCAAAGGCACUGUAGGUGCAUGAGCAGUGUUUUGGGGAGUGCUACAACAUGCAGCCUUAUUGCUGAUAACAGUGCCUGAAUAUGUUGGCUUGAGAGAGAGAUUCAUUGCAGCAAUUUGUUUUCAUCAUAGAAUGAUAUUCCGAGUAACUGCCACACAAUAGAAAAUCUCUAUCUAGUUGUUACACUCUGACAGUUCUGGCAGCAACAACUGGUUACCCUUCAGGUGCAAUGUUUUAAAAUUACUUGUCUGCAUACGUGUGAAAUAUUGUGGGUUUUUUUAAAACCUGGAUUGUUUGUGAAUUUAUUUUGGUGCCUUGUUGGUUGAUUAGCAACAGAUUUUUAUAGGCCAGUACUUAAAAAUAAUGAUACAAAAAACCACACUUGGUAGCUUCAAGCUAAGCAGUAGAAGGCAGUAGAGUAGUGAAUACUUAAUAGGCUCUGACUGUGCUGGAAUUUACAAAAAUCUGAAGAUGACCAUUGAUUGCAUAUGGUUGAUCCAUGUCUGCCGCUAUAUUUUCACUUGGAGAAGGGGGGAGCAAAACCGUAAGUUUUAUGCUGUUCAGAUGACCAUAUGUAAAAAGCUGUACAAGUUAUUUAGUAGGUUCAGCUGUUCUGUUAAAGUAGAUUCUGCAGCUCUAUUUCCCUGAAAAGCUUGUUUGGUAGGAUGUGAUAUGCUCACCCUUGCUGCGACUCCCUUCUCUGCCUGCAAGAUUCUAUUUAGUCAAACUAGUGCAACUAUAUUAGUUCUGUUCCCACCUGCCUUCCAUACAUUUUUCCAAAUGAAGCAUUUUUUUCUCUAUUAUGUUCCUAACAGUGGAUUUUUAUUGACUUUGCAAAUAAAAAAAUAAAAAAAUGUUGGCAUGAAA